AUGGGAUCCCUAAAACUGCUUAAUGCGGUCAAGGCUAGUGUGGUGGAACCGGUCAAGGAAACAAAGAGGGGCUCGAUGUUCGUGGAGGCCUUGAUCGGAGGAAAGCGUGUCAAAGCACUAGCCGACACGGGUGCCACCCACAACUUCAUGCGUGAAGGUGUGGCCAAAGCGUUGGGUCUCAGCAUCAACCCAACAAAGGGGACCAUCAAGUCCGUCAACACAACAGCCAAGUCGGUGGUCGGGGAGGCGAAGAGCGUACCGACUCAGAUCGGGGACUGGAAAGGAGUGGUCUCUUUCACCGUAGUCCCUAUGGAUGAUUACGACAUAGUGUUGGGGCUGCGAUGGUUCGGCCAGGUACGUGCUUGUAUCAUUCCUUACUCUGAUUCUCUAAUUAUCUUGGACCACGAGAAGACUAGUGCCAUACCAGCAAAGAGAGAAUCAGAGGGGAAGGGUAUGCUCUCGGCGAUGCAAUUCAGCCGAGGUCUGAAAACGUUGUGA